GUGACUGGAUCAAACACCCUGAACGUGACUUAAUGCCAUCGAGGGAAUAUGGUCUGGAAGUGUUGGAUUCUUUUGGUGGGCCUUCUGUGGAUUACUCCAGGAAAGAGCUCUAGAAUUAGAGCCUGUUUGACCAAUAACCUCCCAACUUUUGUUGUUCCGGAUAAGUUCAAUGGCACCAUCGAGACAAAAAGCCUUUGGAAUCAGACAACUGGUUGCUUUGUAUUUCUGCACCGCAACGGAACAGCGCCAGAAAAGUCUGGAUUUUGGCCUAGUAUGAAGACAAAUAAUGGUUCUUAUCCUUACUGUCUGACCAUUUUACGCCAACAUGUGAAAAAUAAAUUGCACCUGAAUGUCCUGCAUGGGAGGCAGUGCAACGCCACAUUAUCCAACCUCACAGAAUCCGAGUGUAUCAAUAGCACAGGUUCUUGCCAGAUUACAUGUUUUGAAACAGAAACAUGUGAAACAUCUCCUUACAGUCAACUACAGUGCAAAGAAGGUCGAAAUGACUUGUACCUCAUCAACAUAAUGGCAACAAAGAACUCCUGUAGGAACUGUAAUAAUCCAGUGAAGAUGCCUGAAACGGAUAUUGGUCCUGACGCUUUCAGCAACAUUGCCAAUAUAACAUUAGACAUCAGUAAAGGAGAAGAAUUCAGCGCUGCCCAAGCUGCCGCAGUCAUGAGCGCGAUGAGUGACCUUGCCUCCUCCAUCAAUGGGUCCUCAGCUGCACUGUCCUUGGGUGAAGGAGUCGACGGUGUCUUAGUGAGAGAAACAGAGCCUGCGGACCUAAAUGAAGUCUUCUUUGCUUAUGCGUCUCCAAAAGCCAACAUAAGUAUGGUAGACAGCAAAGACAAACUGGAUGUAUUUUCAAGAUCCAUUGCAGUGCCAGAAGAAGCAUUUAAGCAGUCUCUCAGCAUGAACGUUAGUGUACCAUUUGCAGCCGUGUUCCGAUUCCUCAAUAUGACCAAGGAUGAGAACAACAGCACUGUUUUGGGUAAUGAGGUUAUAGCCAUUGAAAUGGGCACCAAGAUCAGGGAUCUCACAGAAAAUAUAUCCAUCAUCUUUCGCAAUAUGAAAUAUAAAGGAUAUCCGUCUUGUCAAUCAUGGGAUGGUGAAGGAGGCCGACCCAACUGGACCGACAACGGAUGUCAGACAAUGCAAGACGGAGACAACAUAACAUGCCAAUGUUCACAUUUGACAUUCUUUGCUAUCUUGUUGACUCCCCUUAAUGAAACCAUUUCUAGCUCUGACCUUUACAAGCUUACCAUCAUCACCCAAGUUGGCUGCGGGUUGUCCAUGUUCUUCCUCGGCAUAGUCCUCUUCAUGCACUUCCUUCUGAGGAGGGCCAAAGCCAGCACAUCCACAAGGAUUCUCAUCCAACUUGUGACAGCCAUGUUCUUGCUUAACCUCAGUUUCCUUGUCAACAACUACGUGGCAAAAACGAAGCACACUGUGGGUUGUAAGAUCAUGGCGGCCAUCAUGCACUACUUCAUGUUGGCCACGUUCACCUGGUUCGCGGUGCAGGCCUUCCACCUCUGCCUUCAGCUGUACAUGGAGGGCAAAAUCGUGAUCCAUCGCUACAUGCUCAAAGUCUGCAUCAUCAGCUGGGUGCUGCCGAGUGUCAUCGGGAUCGUCCUGCUCAUCGUCGGAAAAUACGGCGAACAAGUCAUCUCCACUUCUGACACCGAGGAAAACGUGGCCAUGUGCUGGAUAACCGACAGUAACGUCCACUACGUCGUCAACAUAGGCUACUAUGCGCUGGUAUUCAUCUUCACCCUCACUACCUUCAUCAUCGUACUGUCCUGGCUCUUCUGUCGGAAGAGAGCCGCCGUAGGCACCGCGGAAGAUAGCAGAAGUGGCAAAAACGUCAUCACCAUCCUGGGACUGUGCUGCAUGCUGGGUGUCACAUGGGGUUUUGCCUUCUUCGCAUACGGUGUCCUCCGGAUCCCCUCCUACUACAUUUUCACAAUCCUUAAUUCUUUCCAAGGUUUCUUCCUGUUCAUCUACUACUACAACACCAGCCACUCAGGCAAUGUAGCGGCUUCAAACACCACCAGCAGCAGCACCACCACUCUGAAAACCAACCUGGACAUCUUCGACAACCCCUACUUGAACACACAAAAGGCAAAAUAAAUUCUUUGACGAUGAAAGAAAGGGUGGUGGAAGAAGUACUCCGGCCUUUUACUUAAAUUACCAAAUGUUAAAUUGCUUUUAAGCAAUAGUGUCAUUUCAUGCCACUGGAUAUAAUAAGAUAGUAAGAUAUUUUGUGUCAUUAAUCUAAUUGAAGCACAAUAAGGCAUAAAAAGGGAAUGCUGAAGAACAAGUACCUCAAAAUUGGACUUAACAUCGUACAGAACUUGAGUAAAUGUACUGACUUAGAUUCCACCACUGUUGAGAGUAAAUGGCCAACUUGAAGCAGGUUCCACAAGCAAGUACAAAGACAUAACUGCUGUAUGCAUUGAUCUAUAUUUUAAUGGAUAUCUUUCUUGGUAGUUAUUAGUGUAUAUGAAAAAUUGUUUAGGUUAGGACCACACUUUUGUUUGCAAGUUCACUCACUUACAAUUGGAAAAAGGUAUGUGUUUUAAUGACUUUAAACCUUUAUAUAACCGACUGUAUAUAAAAAGUAUCUUAUGUUGUGGAUAGAUAUUAUAUUGUACAUUCUCUUUGACCAAGUGAGCCUUGUGAAAAAGCUUGCCCUGAAUGAAAUAUGUCGAGAUUAGGGACACCAAGAAAUAACAAUAUUUUAUUCAGUUUCAUUAACAUCGGGUAAAAAGACAAACAAAAAAAAUAUUAUGCAAGAAUAUACACAUUUUUUUCACGGUCUAAUUAUUGUACAUUUUUACAACAAGAGAACUUCUGCUUCCUUGAGAGCUUUUUCCAUUUCUGCAGCCUCCAGGGAAAAGUUCUCCCUCUCCUGAAUCAUAUGUUCCCGUGCUUUUGUGAGUUCCGUCAUCGUUGUU